AUGAAACGGGGAAAGUCCCUCCGAAUGCGCCUUGAUGGUGAAGUGACUGUGCGACGCCUAAUACCUCCACAGUUACGCACAACGGCUAGUAUUCGCAAAGGCGAGUUAAUGGAGCCAAUUGAAAAUAUAGCUGAACGUAUUGGUGUACAAACGGAGUCUAUUGAGGGACUUGUGGACGCACAGGGACUCACAAUCUUUGGUAAACUCCAGGACGGUAUAGAAGUCUUUCUUGCCGGCUCCAUAGCACCAUGCGUCAGCGAUAGCAACAGUAACAUAAACCAUAAUAAGAGUAAUAUGAAUACUAAUGAAAACUCCUGUCAAAAAUUCUCUCAACAACCACCGGAUGUCUCUGUUGGAUGGGCGUACGAUGCACGAAUGCUACUUCACGUUCCCCCACUUGAUCGUGUACCAGAGACACCGUAUCGUCUACAACGGGCUGUAGAGUCCUUGCGCUCAACACCACGUGCUAUGGAACUUCUACCAGAAGAACUGCGUCGUCUAGGAGAAGUUGAUACAACAACAAAAACAAAAGCAGAUUCUAUAAAGAAGACUCAUAAUGUAUUUGCAUCGUACUGGUUACCACCACGACUGGCUACACUCGAUGAGAUUACGCUAUGUCAUGAUGCAGAACGUUACCGUGAGUUUAUUGAACAUGGUACCCCACUGGCUCCACCACUGAAAACAGAUGUAUACUGCAAUGAUGGCACUAGUAGCGUUGCGACACGUCUCUCUGUGGCUGCUGUUAUUGAUGCUGCACGCCGUGCACUGCAGGGAUCGCCGCCAUUCUCCAUGUGUCUUGUGCGGCCACCGGGUCAUCAUUGCACCGCCACCACACCUGGUGGUUUCUGUCUCGCCAACAAUGUUGCCAUUGCGGCCCGGCAGCUGCUGCAGGAUUGGCGUAAUGAAAACAAGAAGAAUAUGAGUUGUGGUGGGGGUGUGAAGUCGUCAUGUUCGCCGCCACCCCGUAUUGCCAUUGUAGACCUUGAUGUGCAUCACGGCGAAGGGACGCAAUCGUUUGUGGAGGAGGAACCACCAGCCGACGGUUGUAGUGUUUCACCGUUGUUGUAUCUCUCUCUCCACCGCUACGAUCACGGCACCUUUUACCCCCGCGACCCCCGCGGCAGCACCGACUACGUGGGCCGCCACCGCAAUGUGUGCAAUGUCGCUGUUCACACCGCCGCGGCGGAUCCUGCGCGGUGCGUGGAGGUUGUGAGCGACGAUGUGUUUGCGCGGGUGGUGGACGAUGUGUUUGUGCCGCGGCUGCGGGAGUUCCGCCCCGACGUGGUGCUGCUCUCACUCGGCUUCGAUGCCGCGUACGGCGAUCCACUCGGCCGCAUGGCGGUGGAGGGCGGCUUCGCAUACGCCGUGCGGGCACUGAAACUCUUCUGUCAAGAACGACAAGAAAAACAACAAAAACAAAAAGAAGAAAAACAAACGCCUGUGGGGCUAGUGGUGGUGCUGGAGGGUGGAUACUCGCCGGAGGCCGUGGCUCAAGGUGUUGUGGCGGCCGCCCACGCCCUGCGAUUCCCCGCAAAUGACGCGGACGUCUUGCGAUAUGCGGAGCGGCAAGUACCAAAGACAUGGCGGGGCCUGCGCCGACGUCUCGCACGCAAAAAUGUUGAGAUUCAACAACAACAUGAAGAAGAAAAAAGAAGGGAAAGUAAGAAGAGUGAUAUGCGUGGGGAAAAGAAAGCGAUGGGGAAUAUGUCAUCCUCAUCAUCAUUACGAUCACGACAGGAACAAGAGGAAGAGAAACAUGAAUUAUUGGAGUUACCAGAAGAUGAAGUACUUUUGGAAAGGCAUUUGCAUUGGUGCGAUCGACUUAUUGCACGUGUCUUGGCUAUACACACCGAAGCUAAUAGAAAGCAAUAA